AUCGGCGAGACAGUGGAGAACCUGUACAUGAUGGACAUGGUGAUGAAGAUGGUGUAGUUGUUCAUGUGGCUGUCAGACCAGUGAGUGGGAUAGUGUUCCAUGACAAACAAGGACCGCUUGCAUAUAGAUAUGACAGACAAUUCAAACGGAUCACACGGAUAGAUCUCAAGGACUGGGUACGUGCUCUCACAAAAUGGAAAAUAUCUCAGCAGUGAACUGAUGUAACAUACGACGGCAGGAUGUGGAAGCUUCUGCAAAAUAACACAAAGGAGGAUGAGCAGGAUCUUUAUCUUGAGACAAAUGACAUCUUUCGUCCUGACCUGAAACAGAUUGGAAACAGUCUCUUUGAAAUCAGAAGAUACUUUGUUGAGAAGGAUGGACAGAAUUUUGCGCCAACAAAACUAAGGACCCCUUUAGCACAAGUGAAAGAACGACUCAUCGAACACAUAGAAAAUCAUGCAUACGACUUUGUUUUUGAUCCUCUCACCAAUGAAGUGGUAGAUUUUCCAAACCCAAAGGCUGGACCAUGUUUUGUGUUCUUGUCCCAUUCGUUAUCAGUUGCGUUAGAUUUCUGCACAUCACACCGACCAAGCAACGCGGUAUGUGAUGUAUUCCUGGCUCUGCCUACACAGUCUGUGAUAGUUUUGUCACUGGUUGAUGGGGAUGAAGAAUGUCCUGAAGCAGUGGCAUACAGUAUGUCAGUGGCGAGAGGAGUGAUAGAGACACUUAGCAGGUUCACUGAUGAGGAUAUCAACUCAAUCCAUGGAGUCAUUCCCAUUUCUCUCCUUGAGGACGCUGUUGGAUUUAAGAAUCGAUUAAAGAAGCUGGCAAAUGAGUCUUCUCAUUUUGUCACAAACAAUUCUUUGGUAAUGACUCCCAGUAGGUAUGAGAAAGUCCUGACUGCUUUCUGGGCUGGUGUUGCUGAAACGAAGUCGGUGCUAAAAGAAGAAAGUGGAGACACCGAUGGCGACUAUCUUAGAUUUCUCACCAAAGAACAAUGUAUCAUUCUGGUGGAGAACAUAAACAGUAAGGACGUCGAGGUCAAGUGUAUGCCCGGUAGUGGAGCCACGACUCUGAUGCUGGAGGUGGCUAGGAGACUGAACAGACUGGGGGGACACUAUGCUUGUAUGUAGGUCACGACAGGAGAGGGACAGGCUCAGGUCGGUGUACCCAUCAGCUGUAGCAGCAGAGGAUCUCAGUAUGGUGGACAUGUCGUCCUGUGUGAAUAUAGUCCAUGAAACCAACACAGUCAUGGCACAAACAAGCGGACAACAUUGGCGAUUUACAACCUAUCCAACUGCUGUCAAAGAACUGAAGUCCCAACUAUUGGAGCAAAAUAUCACAAAGGAGGAUGAGCAGGAUCUUUAUCUUGGGACAAAUGACAUCUUUCGUCCUGACCUGAAACAGAUUGGAAACAGUCUCUUUGAAAUCAGAAGAUACUUUGUUGAGAAGGAUGGACAGAAUUUUGCGCCAACAAAACUAAGGACCCCUUUAGCACAAGUGAAAGAACGACUCAUCGAACACAUAGAAAAUCAUGCAUACGACUUUGUUUUUGAUCCUCUCACCAAUGAAGUGGUAGAUUUUCCAAACCCAAAGGCUGGACCAUGUUUUGUGUUCUUGUCCCAUUCGUUAUCAGUUGCGUUAGAUUUCUGCACAUCACACCGACCAAGCAACGCGGUAUGUGAUGUAUUCCUGGCUCUGCCUACACAGUCUGUGAUAGUUUUGUCACUGGUUGAUGGGGAUGAAGACUGUCCUGAAGCAGUGACAUACAGUAUGUCAGUGGCGAGAGGAGUGAUAGAGACACUUAGCAAGUUCACUGAUGAGGAUAUCAACUCAAUCCAUGGAGUCAUUCCCAUUUCUCUCCUUGAGGACGCUGUUGGAUUUAAGAAUCGAUUAAAGAAGCUGGCAAAUGAGUCUUCUCAUUUUGUCACAAACGAUUCUUUGGUAAUGACUCCCAGUAGGUAUGAGAAAGUCCUGACUGCUUUCUGGGCUGGUGUUGCUGAAACGAAGUCGGUGCUAAAAGAAGAAAGUGGAGACACCGAUGGCGACUAUCUUAGAUUUCUCACCAAAGAACAAUGUAUCAUUCUGGUGGAGAACAUAAACAGUAAGGACGUCGAGGUCAAGUGUAUGCCCGGUAGUGGAGCCACGACUCUGAUGCUGGAGGUGGCUAGGAGACUGAACAGACUGGGGGACACUAUGCUUGUAUGUAGGUCACGACAGGAGAGGGACAGGCUCAGGUCGGUGUACCCAUCAGCUGUAGCAGCAGAGGAUCUCAGUAUGGUGGACAUGUCGUCCUGUGUGAAUAUAGUCCAUGAAACCAACACAGUCAUGGCACAAACAAGCGGACAACAUUGGCGAUUUACAACCUAUCCAACUGCUGUCAAAGAACUGAAGUCCCAACUAUUGGAGGUAGAAAUGGAAGUCGAAGGGAUGGAGAAACAAAUAGAUGCAUUAUCUAAUGAAUCUUGGAAGGAACGGAUUGAACACAUCCUCAGGGACUUCAGUGUGCUGAAAAUAUUUAGUUUCAAACUGGGAUCAACAGGGCCUAUGUCCUAUGCUCAUGAAGUACGCCAUACUCUGGAAUACAAGCCAAGCCCCCUUACAGCAAGCAAAGGUCAGUAUGCAUCUUUGGGUGGUUUCAAGCAACUGUCUGCUACACAAGAGGCUUGGUUGCCAGACUUACAUGACGGAUUAAGAGAAAGGAAAAAUCUUGUCCCGCUUCUCAGAUCGGUCAUAAUCCAAGAUAAAACGGAUCAGAUCUGUCAAGACGUUAAAAAUGUUCUCUUGAGAGAAGCUUUGGGGAUAAUGAAACAUACAGAAUCGAAACAAACCGUUGCUAUGGUUGGCCAUGUUCAAAGUCCAGACAUUCAACAACAAAUGGAGAUGUUCUACAUUGAAUCAGAGAAUGCAGGAAUGGAAUCUAAUAUCCCACAGGUAUGGAAAGAAGGUGGCCAGAUAAACGAUAUGGAAACUGAGGUGCAGAACACAGAUGGAAAAGAUCCUGAGAGCCGCUGGGACGAGAUCCAAACACUUAAUCAAGAACUGGACAACGUACUGAAGGACAGGGAUCGUAGAAAAGGACAACUCCACAAAUUAUACACGGUGGAGUGGCAGGCUGUGAUGAAAUACCUGGCCAACCACAAGGCGGACUUAUCUAUGCUAGACAUAGAGAUACCAGGGUUUCAAGUCUUUCAGGGUUUACCAGGCAGACAUGAAACAACCUUCCCAGGACGUGUCAUCUCAGUGCAAGGUACAUCAGCGGUAUCAACAGUAGGUCACGAAGAAAUUGGGGAACAGUUCGGGCCUUCCAAAAGGAACAGGAGAAGACUUGAUGUAUCAGGUUCUGCAACAUCACAAUCUGACAACACAAAUAAUGGUCGAGACAAAGCAGAGCAAAGACACACAAGAGCUCCAGGUCUGAUGAACCAGCUUAAACAAUACCAGCAGGGUCGACUGACAGAGAAACACCUGUGUGCCAUUACAAUGAAGAUCAUCAGAGACAACGAGCAGCAACUCAUGGAACUGAAAGCAAACAAUGGCUGUCUGGAAAAAGAUUAUGGAAGCAGUGUACACGUUGUUGGCCGGACACGUCGACCUCUUCUGGUUUCGUGUCCUAAACUCAACCUGGACGCGGCUCGGGCCAACACAAGAUGGUGCGACGUAACUACAGACGGUCAGCUAGUCAACUCGCGGCCCGACACACGGGAUGUGGGGCAGAACAGACUACGGAAGUACCAGGGGACCUGUAGCUCCCCCAUCCCCCUUCCUCCAUCCUCCUCCACCCUCACACCCCUACCCACCACCCCCAGAUACUGGGAGACAGAAACUAGGGUGUGGGUGAAUGGUGGGCUGUACCCGCUAGUCCUGGAGAUAGGACUCUGUGAGGCAGGACAGGUGGACAGUGAUUGGUAUGUUACUCACCAGCGCCGCUCCUGGUGUGUCUGUGUAGAAAGAUGUGGCAUACACGAGGGGAGUCUCUGUACCAGAGUGUAUAGGGAGGAGGAGCGGGGCGAGUGUCACCAGAACACCAUGUCCAACACUCCCGGCACACAGGCCACCCUCCACUAUGGCGUUGUACUGGAUGUGGGGAGGGGACGAUUGGCAUUCAUUGACCUGGACAGACAGGUUGUUCUAAACAAGUAUAAUGUUGAGUUCAGUGAGCCACUCGUCCCCAUGUUUAGUGUUGGGGUGCCGUAUUCUGGCUACACUACGUCCAUGAGUCUGAUCAGCGGGGAGGACAUCAACAUGACUGACACAAAGAAGACUCUCAUCUACCAAGCGCUGAAAUAGAAAAUUACCUGGCCAUGACACUGUGAAAUCGGCCAUGAAACUGUAUGAAGUCAGCCACGAGGCUGUGUGAAGUUAUCUGUGUAACGGAGAUAUUUCUAUCAACUGUUUCAAGGAAAGUGAGUGAAGCGGACAUAGAAGGGUUCGGUUUGUCUUCUGUUUGUUGUGUACAAAAUACAACCAAGUUCUUCGGAUGUCUGCUUUCACUACUUUCCUGGGUUCUUCUGAGACUGGAAAACAUUUUAAAUACUCACAUGAAUAUCAGUAUGAUGAAAUUAUUGCUGUAGACGAUGUAAUUGUCCGACAGUAAAUGAUUCUAAUGACGUGUGAUGUAAGUCAAGGGACACAGAAAAAGUGAACACACAAAAUGUAAAAAUUGUUUCAAAACCAGAUUUCUUCAGCUUAUAUUGAUAUUUUAUACCUAAAUAAGUUUUUUGAAUCCACA